CCCCUUCACUGUCAGUACCGUGUGUCGGCUUUCUCGCUGCUCUCACCGAGUUUAUGUAGUACAGCACUAGGGGAUGGAGUAACGUUAAAGACAGGAAGGCAUGGAUCCCAUUGAAGAAAAAACAAGCAAAACGGUUGACAUUUAUCGCGACACAUGGGUCCGCUUCCUAGGCUAUGCCAAUGAAGUCGGGGAGGCUUUUCGUGCUCUGGUACCAGUGAGUUUUGUUUGGGGCAGUUAUGCUGUGGCCACUGCCUACGUUACUGCUGAUGCUGUGGACAAAGGGAAGAAAGCAGCUGUGGUCCACGGGGACAACCCAGGGAAGACAACACGGGUAGCGGUGGCGGUGGUGGACACGUUUGUUUGGCAGGCUCUUGCCUCUGUGAUCAUCCCGGGCUUCACCAUUAACCGUGUGUGUGCUGCGUCACUGCACCUGUUGGGCAAAACCACCAAGUGGCCCCUUCCUGUCCGCAAGUGGACCACUACAGCUAUAGGCCUCUCCACUAUCCCCUUCAUCAUCACUCCUAUAGACAGGUCAGUGGAUUUCCUGCUCGACUCGAGCCUCCGGAAGGUCUACAAUGAGGAAGAGAAGCACAAAUAAGGAGGAUCAUGCAGGACAAAUUGUCCGCUCCUGGGUAGAAAGCAGUCCGGCCAACGUAGACCUUUGCUGGUUUUCCACCACUGUGAAGCACUAAAGCGUGAAGAAGAAUUUCAUGGAGCAAGACUCCACAGGUAGUCAAAGAUACGUGUAAUAUAACUGAUAUUUCAGAAUUAUAACAUUUAUAUAAGUUAAAAGUGAAAUCCUGCUUCAUUAAAUGUCCCUUUGGGGAUCCGUGACUUUAACCUCUCAGGGCAAUCUGGAAAGCAACACCAAAUAAAAAAAAAAACAGCUUAAGCAGGAAUGUAACAGUAUGAAAUAUGUAUAAAUAGUUACAGUAAAAUCCUCCUUUUUAAAGUAUUCUUUGUGCUGUUAUAUUCCUGUGAUCGUCGUGGUUGCCCUCAUGGUCCAGAGUUGUGAACUCACCUCAUGUCGAGAUGUCAAGGUGAUGAAAUACAAAUCCACACCUGCUGUGUUUAUUAGCCAUACUGAGUGGUACUGUAAUGACAGGCCAAAAAAAAGCCAGUUUGCCAUAAUGUCCCUCUUAUUCAUUACUUACAUUUUGUGUUUGACUGUUUUUGUUUCUUUCUGAAAAAGUGACUGUUUCUUUGAAUUAGGGCUUGGUGUAGUUUAAAAAAUGACAUGCUGAACUUCCAACAUUUUUUUUAGAUCUGGGUACAUAAAGAUCACGAAUUGUCUGACUAGAGACGUUACGAUAAUACUUGGUACUGGAACAUUUCUAUCAAUACCUUAAAGGUAUUGAGUACCGAUACCUAGCCCUACUUUAAAUUAGAUGUUCCAAGUAUCUUCUGAUGCACUUUUUCAUUGUUUGAUUCUACUUUACUGGUCACGGGAGCCAAGGUUUACACUGGGAGCAUUUUUUUACUCUGUGGUUACAAUCUGUAUUAUUCUAAAUGGUAUAUGGGUCGCUUAAAGGGACAGUUCACCCCAAAAUAAAUUUAAAAAAAAGCAACAUUUUUCCUCUUACAUGUGGUUCUAUCUAUCCAUCUAGAUAGUGUAAGUUGACAAGUGGUGUAGAUAUCGGCUGUAGAGAUGUUUGCCUUCUCUCUAAUAUAAUGGAAAUAUGUGGCACUUUGCUUUUGGUGCUCAAAUAAAAAAAUCUAUAUAAAAAUCUAUAAAAAAUCUAUAUUUUUGAGUCUGGGGUGAACCGCAAAUAUUUGUAGUAACAUCAAGUAAAACUUAAUAAGUAUUUAAACAAAAAUUUUCCCACUAUCUAAACUGAUGGCCAAUAAGCCUGUAGUUUGUAAUCUUAGUCUACAAUACUGUAACAUCUUUAGUCUGAAAAUUUUGACAUCGGAGUUUCUGUAACAUAUUUAAAGCUGCUUUGAAAUAUUAUUCUCCAUUUACUUUGGGUUUUCCAUCAGGAGAUUUUCUUCUAAUACAUUUACAUUCAAUCUAGUGUUUAACUUCCCCAAUACUUAUGGAGGUCAGUGUUGCACCUAUGCAGAAACGGGUUUAAGGGAUUCUUUUACAAAUACGCAGAUAAUAUAUGUAUUAUUUCCAAUGCUUUUCUUUGAGGAGCCAAGUCAUAUACUGUAUCUCAUGCUGAACUAUGCAAGGUAAACUUGGGCAAUAGCUGUAUACAUGUGUGAGCGUUGCAUAUUAUGGGGCUUGUUCUUCCUCUCUUAAAAUAAGGGAUGUGGUUACACAAUGUUGUGAAAUAAAAAAGGAGAUCUGAUACAAAAUGUAGCUUGAAAUCAAACAAAGAGGAGCAUGCUGUAUUGGGAAUGGCUCUCAUUGCCAUUUUUUUCUGUCAGUAAACACCAGUGUGUCACUCCAGCAAUAACUUUGUUUAAUGUGUUUGUGUCUCACCAUAUUCUCUUUGCUGUGAAGGAUGUGGUUUAACCUUGUCACAGAGGGACAUAUGCUGAAAGACAAGAUUGUGAAAACUCGGGGUGCACCAAUUAUGUUUGUUUUUGCUGAUGCAAUCGUUCAAUGAUAUAUAGUAACAUUCACUUAAGCACAAAGCUUGCUUUACUUUGUAUAAGUGUAGGGGUGUAGAGCUUUUUCUAGCCAGCAAAUUUGGCUUGCAAUAGCAGGGAAAGCACCAAAGUCUUUGCGUAGUUUGUGUCACUGAUUAAUUGUGCACAGUACCACUAAAAUGUAAUGCACCUAUAAUUAAUGUUAUGAAUUAUAUCUGUGCUUCUGCUGCUGUAAUAAGCAAAUUGGUGCACCCUUUGUGAAAAUCUCUAUAUAUUCAUAAACAAUUUUAACAUUUCAGAUUGUAAACAGAACUUCAUUGUAUUUUUAUUGUUGCAUGCUCCAACUAGAAAGGAACAGUUUACGUUUUUUUUUCCAAAGAUGUUUUUUUAUGUGGCAGUAUGUUUGGAAGUGGGUUUUUAUGAGUCACAUUUUCAGCCUUAACUGAAAAAAAAGUUCAAACCUCAGACUUUGUGCUGUUGUUCACAAUGUGGAGAUUAUUGUUUUUUCAAAUGUGAAAACAACUGUUGAAAGCUGAAGCUCCAUUCGUCAUAAUGGACACCCAAUGUUCAGCAGUCACCUCCCGUACCUUCUGUAACACCUUCUGGCACACAGGAGGGUAAAAAACUGUUGUGAAAUAAAUUAUCUGAUGACAAA